AUGAAGGUCGCGCAGGUGAACCAUAAAGGCGAUCCCGCUGUGAGCGCCGCGCUGAAGGAGGCGCUGCAUAAGAAGGCGCAGAAUGACCAAAAGAUCGUGGUUAUCAAAGUUGGCACGUCCUCCCUGCUGCGCAAGGGCUACCUUCACCUCUCGCUCCUCGGCCAGCUGGCGGAGACGUGCGCCGAUUUGCAUCGCGCCGGAUGCAAGGUCAUCGUCGUAACCUCCGGCGCGGUCGGAGCCGGGUGCCAAGUCCUCAACAACGCGGACAAACCCACGGAUCUCGCGGGCAAACAGGCCAUGGCCGCCAUUGGUAUGGUCCGACUCAUGCGCAUGUACGACGAUUUCUUCACCUCGGUGAGCCAGCCCAUCGCUCAGGUGCUGGUGAGCCUCGACAACCUGAUGGACCGCACGCAGUACCUCAACGCGCAGCGCACGUUCCAAGCGCUGCUCGCGCGCGAUGUCAUCCCCAUCGUCAAUGAGAACGACACCAUCGCCGUGCAGGACUUGAAGUUCGGCGAUAACGACACCCUUUCCGCGCACAUCGCCUCUCUGUGCGACGCCGACUACCUAUUCCUCCUCACCGACGUUGACGGCCUCUACACCGGCAACCCCAACAGCGACCCAGAUGCCAGGCUGAUUCCCUUGGUGGAGAGCAUCGAUGACCUCGACGUGGACGUGAGCGGCGGCGCUGGGUCUGCGUUCGGAACCGGCGGCAUGGCGACGAAGGUGAACGCGGCGAGGCUCGCGACCGCCGCCGGUUGCCACACCGUUGUGAUGAACAGCAACCAGCUCCACACGCUCCCGGACAUCGUGGUGGACGGUGCGAGCAACGGGACCCUGUUCCUCGCUGUGCCCCGCCCGCUGGUGGGCCGCAAGCGCUGGAUCCUCCUCCAAAAGCCCGCCAAGGGAUACCUGCUGGUGAACUCCAAGGCUGAGCAGGCGCUGAACAACGACAAGUCCCUCCACGGCAUCCACCUCGUCUCCGUCGUGGGCGAUUUCGACGCGGCAGAGGCGGUGGCGCUCGUGGUGAGGGACUCUGAGACUGGCGACGAGCGCGAGUUUGGACGCGCCAUCGUCAACUACGGCGCGGAUGACUGCAGGAAACUGGUCGGAAAGGCGGGCGAAGACUUUUACGACAUCGUCGGGUUUGGCGGCGCCGAGUCUGUGGCGCAUAAAAAUAACAUCUGCCUGUGGAUCCCCGAGGGCGAGGAGGCGAGACUGAUGGAUCAUCCCGAGAUCAACAUGGAGACGCACCCGAGCGUCAACAACCUUGAGGACCUCGCAGAGUUCAUGAGUGACAAACCCAGCAGGACGCCCUCGCCGUCGCCUUUCACACUUUGA